AGUACGUUUGAUCAUCUUCCUGUCGCUUUGCAUUUGCAAGUUCUGAAACAAUGGCGGACCAGGUGAUUCUGCUAGACGAAAAUGUUAGUAUGUUCGGGAGUAGGGUUAGGAUAGCCUUGGCCGAGAAGGGGAUCAAGUACGAGUACAAGGAGCAAGAUUUGGUCAAUAAAAGCCCUCUUCUUCUUCAGAUGAACCCUGUUCACAAGAAGAUCCCUGUUCUCAUCCACAAUGGCAAGCCAAUCUGCGAGUCUCUCGUCAUUGUUGAGUACAUCGAUGAGGUCUGGAACAACGACAAGUCGCCUCUGCUUCCCUCCGAUGCUUAUGAGAGAGCUCAUGCUAGGUUUUGGGCCAAUUAUGUCGACCAGAAGAUAUAUGAUGCUAUAGUGAAGAUAUUGACCACAAAAGGAGAAGAGCUGGAGGCAGCCAAGGAGGUGUUCAUAGGAAUCCUGAAGGUCUUGGAGGAUGAGCUUGGUGAUAAGCCCUACUUUGGAGGCGAAAAAUUUAGCUUUGCUGAUAUUGCUUUGGUUUGCUUCUCUACCUGGUUUUACGCCGUUGAGAACUUCGGCGAUUUCAGUAUAGAGAGUAGGUUGCCCAAGCUUGUUUCAUGGGCCAAGAGGUGCAUGCAGAAGGAGACUGUGUCCAAGUCCCUUUCCGAUGAGAAGGCUGUCUACGACUUUGUUGUUACGUAUAGGAAGGAGUUGGGAAUUGAGUAGGGUGUUUGAUUUUGAUGUACUCUUGCUUGGAAUUUGUAUUGUCACUGCUCUUGGAGUUUGCCUUUUAUUGUGUUCUUUCUUAUGUGUGGAAUAAACGACACUUGAUAAAAAUUUAUUAU